CAUGAACAAAGGGUAAAAACCGCUUUUAAAACGCCUUUAAAACCUAUAAAAAAGGGGUGUAUAUUGUUUAUAUUCUGGGUUCAUUUGGAGUUUUCAUCUGCGAGAUUGCUCUGUUCAACAAAGAAAGGUAGAAACCAUGUCAAUUCCAAAACCAGCAGACGGUACGCUUCGUCUUGGGUCAAAGGCCCCAAACUUUUCAGCUGACACUUCCAAUGGUCCAAUUGAGUUCUACGAUUACGUUGGAGACGAUUGGGUUGUUCUUUUCUCCCAUCCAGAUGAUUUCACCCCGGUGUGUACCACUGAAUUGGGUGCCUUCGCCAAAUUGCAACCGGAAUUUGAAAAGAGAGGAGCCAAACUGAUUGGGCUGUCUGCAAACUCCACUGAGUCUCACAAGGCUUGGAUCAAGGACAUUGAUGAGAUUACGGGGUCUAAACUCACUUUCCCAAUCAUUGCGGAUCCAAACAGGGAAAUUGCCCUGAAGUAUGAUAUGAUUGAUUACCAGGAUGCCACAAAUUUGGAUGAUAAGGGUGUUCAGCUCACAAUUCGUUCUGUCUUUAUCAUUGACCCAAAGAAGACCAUCCGUUUGAUCAUUUCAUACCCAGCUUCUACUGGUAGAAACACUGCAGAAGUGUUGAGAGCCUUGGAUUCUUUACAAUUGGGGGACAAGAAUAGAAUCACGACCCCAAUUAACUGGGUUCCAGGUGAUGAUGUGAUUGUUCAUCCCUCUGUUUCUAACGAGGAGGCUAAGACUCUGUUCCCAAAGUUCAGAAUCAUUAAGCCAUACCUUCGUCUGACUCCUUUGACUGUUCCUCAGAACAACUGAUUUUGUUGUGUUAUGCUGUGACGUCCGAGACGUUUGCUUUGUAUAAGUGAGCCGGUAUUAUUGUUGUUUGGUUUUUCUUUUUAU